GUGUCUUACUUUUACUUAAAUUUGACAAUUGGGUACUUUUUCCGCCACUGAGAACACCAUGAUCUUGCGGAGAAAAUACGGUAAUAACAGUCACCCAAUCAGCUGUUCUAUUGUUCGAAAGCUUUCAUUGGCUCACGCGUGGGCGUUGAAAACUUCAAGAAAUGAAUCGGGACACGUCAUUGGAUAAACAGUUGGAUGAGGUGUCCUCGAAGUGAUAGGUCUUACAACUGUUGCACAGCUGACAUUUAUUCUUGCCUUUGCCCACAUAGGAAUAAAAUGUUAUUCAACCAAACUAGUUUGGCUGAUUGCUUACAGGAGUGGGAGGGUCUGGAAAAGGACUUUCAACGGGUCCAGGAGACUCACCGUCUGUAUAAACAGAAGCUUGAGGAGGUCUCCAAGCUACAAGACAGCUGUUCCAAUGCCAUAGCGCGACAGAGGAAGAAAUUAAAAGAGCUCACAGUGUCGCUGGAAGAAUGCAAAGAAACACCGAGUCCAGAGGAAAUGAAUGCAAUAAAUGGGAUCCAGGGAUCUAUCAAGGACAGACCAAAUGUUUUCUUUGAAAUGGAGUCUUUCCUGCCAAAGAAGAAUGGGUUAUACCUCAGUCUCGUUCUUGGGAACGUGAAUGUAACAUUGCUCAACAAACACUCCAAAUUUGCCUACAAAGAUGAAUAUGAGAAAUUCAAAUUGGUCCUCACCGUCUUACUCCUCGUCUUCUCAUUCACAUGUCGCUUUGUAUUUAGUUACAGAGCCUUAGACGCUCUCUUCAACUUCCUGCUGGUGUGGUACUACUGCACACUGACCAUUCGGGAGAGUAUCCUCAUUAGCAAUGGCUCCAGGAUCAAGGGUUGGUGGGUGUUUCAUCACUAUGUGUUCUGCUUCCUGUCCGGAGUGAUGCUGACUUGGCCGGAAGGCAUACUCUACCAGAUGUUCAGGAAUCAGUUUCUCACCUACUGCUUGUACCAAAGUUUUGUCCAGUUUCUCCAGUACUACUACCAGAGUGGCUGUCUGUACAGACUUCGAGCCCUGGGAGAGAGUCACAACAUGGACUUGACAGUUGAGGGUUUCCAGUCGUGGAUGUGGCGAGGCCUGACCUUCCUUCUGCCCUUCCUGUUCUUUGGUCAUUUCUGGCAGCUUUACAAUGGCCUAACACUGUUCAGGAUGGCCCAGCUCCCAGAGUGUAAAGAGUGGCAAGUCUUCAUGUGUGGCUGCUCCUACCUUGUGUUGUUCAUGGGGAACUUCUCCACCACACUUGGAGUAGUCUACCAUAAGUACAUCCACAACCAAGACAAGUCCAAGAGCCUAUAAGACUUGAAGAGAAAGAUAACUAGAUAUUGUUAUGAACCCAACGAUUUAUUCAAAAGAAUAUGUGCAAAAGGUGUUUUAUACUAAUAUGCUUUUUAUGUCUAUUUUAUGCGUUUGUCUUGUAAACGUGUACUUUUUUCUGUUGUACCAUUUUAUCUAAUGUGUUUCGUUUUGAGUAGAAAUGUUGAACCACAUUGUUCUUUGUUUUUCUGAGAAAUGCAGCUUGUCACUUUCAGCAUUGUAUUAUUUAAUUGUGUGUGAGAUUACCUGAAUAGGUUGGAGAUAUUAUAGUGGAAGAGAAUUACAUGCCUUGCACUGACUGUCACCAAACUGUCUACAUGUUCAGCUGUGUCAAAAGAGAGCUCAUUGCAAUAAUAAGCCACUGA